CAGAAACAGUAGACGUCACGUCACAGGAGUUACUUCCGGUUCGUCGUAGUCUGAGGUAAACAGCGGAGUUUUGUUCGUUAAAGUGAACAGAGACCAUGACUCGACACGGCAAGAACUGUACCGCCGGAGCAGUGUACACUUACCACGAGAAGAAGAAGGACACUGCUUCUUCCGGUUAUGGCACUCAGAGUGUGAGGUUGGGGAAAGACGCUAUCAAAGACUUUGACUGCUGCUGCCUUUCAUUACAGCCGUGUAGAGACCCUGUGGUGACUGAGGAUGGCUAUCUGUAUGAAAGAGAAGCUAUCCUGGAGUACAUCCUCCAUCAGAAAACCGAGAUUGCCAAGAAGAUGAAGGCGUAUGAGAAACAGAAGAAGGCUCUGAGGAGCGAGGGUCAGCUGGAGUCAGGGUCAGAGGAGAGAGAGAAGAUCGAGAAGUUCAAGAAUAAAGAGAGCAGCAUCGUCUCCAAACCCAUCAACCCUUUCAUCACUGGUCAGAGUAAAGAUGCAGCAUCGUCCCCAGGCGGCUCAGUCAGCUCUCUCACCUCGUCCAGCUCGGCCUCAGUGUCCACAGAAUCCACUUCCUCCUCCAGUCUGCCCAGUUUCUGGAUCCCCAGCCUGACUCCUGAGGCUAAACCCACUCUGCUUAAGAAACCUAGUAAGACAGUGACGUGUCCGAUGUCAGGUCGUCCUCUGAAGAUGAGUGACCUGAUUUCGGUGCGUUUCACUCCACUGGACAGCAGUCUGGACAGAGUGGCUCUGCUCACACGCCAGGACAGAUAUGUGUGUGCAGUGACCAAAGACACUCUGGGGAACUCUGUCCCCUGUGCAGUGCUCAGACCCUCAGGAUCAGUGGUCACUCUGGAGUGUGUAGAGAAGCUCAUACGUAAAGAUAUGAUGGACCCGGUGACUGGAGACAAACUGAAAGAGAAAGACAUAAUAGUCCUGCAGAGGGGUGGGACAGGAUUCGCUGGUUCUGGAAUUGACCUCUGUGCUAAAGAAGCUCGACCCGUCAUGCAGGCGUGAGGUCCAGAGGAUUGACGUAACCUCAUCCUUUCAUCCUUUCAUCAUUCUGUCUGUUUACAUUCAGUAAGAAAUAAAGUUCAUGUUUAUAUUUGAUCAUGAAUUAUCACAGGGAAUGUUUUUUCGUUUUGCAUUAUAGACACACUUUCAUAGUUUUGUGUUUUAUUUUUGAAAUAAAUUUUAUUUCCACACACA